AAACAAACCCCAAGUUUUAGAAAAAAGAAGAAAAUAUUUGAAAUAAAACAAUGGUCAUAAAGAGGUCAACUCAAGCAGCAUCGAUCAAGCAAAUCUUAAAGAGAUGCUCAAGUCUAGGGAAGAAGAAGAACGUCAACGGUUGCUACAAUAAUCAAGAAGAUGAUAGUCUUCCACAAGACGUGCCCAAAGGUCACUUUCCGGUUUACGUUGGGCCGAACCGAAGUCGGUACAUCGUUCCCAUCUCGUGGCUCGAACACUCCGAGUUUCAAACGUUGCUCAGACUAGCCGAGGAAGAGUUUGGUUUUGAGCAUAAUAUGGGUCUAAUCAUACCCUGUGAUGAAGUGUUCUUCAUGUCUCUCAUCUCCAUCUUCAGAUAAAAUUCGAUCAUAAGUCCAAUAAAACGGCCGAUAGCUUCGAGAUGGCUUAUUGUUCUUGUUUUCUUUCUAAGACUUUGUAAUAGUUGGGAUUGGGUAUGUGGGAGACUUUUUUCUUCCCUCAACUCAACGUGAAAGGUUGACUGGUGAUCUUGAUGUGUAACUUGUUAACUUCUAUAAACCAGUUUUAUCUAUCAAGAAAUUCUAUAGAAUCUUUAAUAAUGCUCCAUAUUAUAUAUAUAUAUUAUCAUGUAAUACAGAUUUGAAAGUGG